AGGACGGCCGUCUCGAUGAGCUGUUCACAUGUUGUCCUCUCAAACCCUUCACUGCACUAACAGAGGAGCUCACGCAGGCCUUCGAGGCCACUUAAUGUGUAAAUGGUCGUCUGUUGAUCUUCUGUGCUUCAUGCUUUAUUCUGCCUGUGUGUACAAAUACAUUUGAUUUGUGGGUUGUGUAACAUCAGCAGCUGAAAGCCCCCCCUGCCGUCUCGCUCUGUCUCACCACAGGGUUCAGAGCCAUAGCAUCCAGAGAGCAUCAUGGGGGGAGCAGUGGUGGACGAUGGACCUCCAGGGGUGAAGGCACCGGACGGCGGCUGGGGUUGGGCGGUGUUGGCCGGCGGCUUCGUCAUCACCGGCUUCUCCUACGCUUUCCCCAAGGCCGUCAGCGUCUUCUUCAAGGAGCUGAUCCGAGAGUUCGAUGUGGGCUACAGUGACACGGCCUGGAUCUCCUCCAUACUGCUGGCCAUGCUGUACGGCACAGGCCCCCUGUGCAGUGUGUUGGUGAACCGGUUCGGCUGUCGACCGGUGAUGAUGGUUGGAGGCCUCUUUGCCUCGCUGGGAAUGAUCCUGGCCUCCUUUGCCACCAGCAUCAUUCACAUCUACCUGUGCACUGGAGUCAUCACAGGUCUGGGUCUGGCGUUGAACUUCCAGCAGUCCCUCAUAAUGUUGAAUCGCUAAUUCAAUGAGAGACGUCCUCUGGCCAACGGCCUGGCAGCGGCGGGCAGCCCCGUGGCUCUGUGCUGCCUCUCCCCACUGGGGCAGAUUCUCCAGGACAAGUACGGCUGGAGGGGCGGGUUCCUCAUUCUGGGAGGCAUACUGCUCAACUGCUGUGCCUGCGGGGCCCUCAUGAGGCCCCUGCUGCCCCCAAAGAAGCUGGAGGACGGCACCGCCCAGGCUGUCGAGGAGGAGAAGCCCAAGAAGAAGCUGUUGGACUUCAGCGUGUUCAAGGACCGAGGUUUCCUCAUCUACACCGUGGCGGCGUCCAUCAUGGUGCUGGGCCUGUUUGUGCCCCCUGUGUUCGUGGUGAGCUACGCUAAAGGCCUGGGCUACGAGGACACAAAGUCCGCCUUGCUGCUCACCAUCUUGGGAUUUGUUGACAUGUUUGCUCGACCUGCGUCGGGACUCAUCGCGGGCUUGAAGUGGGUCCGGCCCAGGACCGUCUACCUGUUCAGCUUCGCUAUGCUCUUCAACGGGAUCACCGACCUCGUAGGGUCACAGGCAAAGGACUAUACCGGUCUGGUGGUCUUCUGCAUCUUCUUCGGUAUGUCCUAUGGCAUGGUGGGCGCGCUGCAGUUCGAGGUCCUCAUGACCAUCGUAGGGACGGAGAAGUUCUCCAGCGCCAUCGGCCUGGUUCUGCUGAUGGAAGCGUUUGCCGUACUCCUGGGACCUCCUGGAGCAGGUCGCCUCCUGGACACCACCCACCAGUACAUGCACGUCUUCUUGCUGGCGGGCUGCGAGGUCACGGUGUCGGCCAUCGUCAUCGCCCUGGGUAACUUCCUCUGCCUCAGCGGGAGAAAGGAGGAUCCCGAGGCUAAGAUGGAGAUGGCGGUCACUACUACAGAGAUGGAGGGGCUGAACUGCGUGGUGGAGGAAGAUGAAGAGGCGACAAUGGGAAAAGAGAUGGGAGAAGACUGCGCUCAGAAGGCAGGGGAGGCGGAGUGAUCCAAGAGGACCAAGAGGACCCAAAGAGCACUGGGGAGGGUCUGUGGCGGGGGGGUGUAAACCAUCUGGAGGGUCAAUAUUUAUAGCAUAUAGAAAGAAAUCAGGCCAAGGAUCGGAGAAUGAAUGUGGAAGUAUAGAGGGAUAAUUCAGCUAAUAUAAAGAUAAUUAAAUGAAAUAAAUGUGGAAAUGUAUGUAUAGGCGUGUGUGUUAUUUAUAAUACAAGCAUUUUCACUUUUAAUCCCAAUUCCUUCAUGUGAAUUGAUAUAAAUGAACAAGGUAAAAAUACUUACACAGAGCGCGAUAUGUAUAAAGAAUAAACAAAAAUAUACAAAGAAAUAAAUGGAACAAUUUCUCCAUACUUCCACCAUUUCAAUUUAAGUGUAUUUAUUUUUAUUCUAUAUAUCUCCACACUUCUUUUGAUAAGUCUUUCUAAGGAGAUGCUCCAUGUGGGCCUGUUAUUCCUGUCGCCCCAUGAUGCUCACACACGACACACGCCUCAUGCUUGGGUCACGUGAUGCCCGUUCAGCACGCGGCCUUCAUGGACCGUGAGAUAAAAAUUGUUAACUCAUGCUGAAAAAGUGGUUUUAAGAAUAGUAUUUGAAGGGAAACGGGGGCCUCCAAGAUGUUUGUGCGUCUGGACCGACCAACCACGGCUUCCUAAAGGGACGUUCCCUCACCAGCAAUGUGAAGCUCCACCACCAGGUGUCACUCAUACUUCCGCUGUGGGAUACUUGAACCAACAUGACAUGAGUGCUGAUGAAUGUAUGUCGAUGGUCUGCGUACUGCAGUCCCACUGGGACCGGCUGUGCUGUACUGGUGUGAUGCCAGUUGCUGUAAUCCGUGUGCUUAAUGCCUCCUGUACGGUUCAACACUGCAAAUAAAUACACGUUUUCUGUCUGAAUGA